UACCUACUUUACUCUGGUAUGACUCAUGCCUACAUAUAUAGCUACCAACCAGACCCAAGGAAAGGGUCCAGAACUAAGCACAUCAUCUGUUGCUUGGUAAACUGUUGAAAACAAGUCAAUGUUACAAGGAGAAUGCCUGUCCGAUUCCCCCGUAAUUUAUUCCCACGUCACUAGAUUGUUUAUGCUUCCUCUCCUCUCACACACCAGUGGUACAGUACAUAUUAUUGUUUUAGUAUGCUUCAUAUCAUUGUUCCCCAAUAUCCCUAGGUCUCUUCUUCCUUCCCCUUUCCUAGUCCUGCUUACACGAUUCUGAUCCAGUCCAGGCGGUGUAGAUCGAGAGAGAGAAAGAGUGAGUGAGCUACCAAGUAUAUCUGCUAUAGAAGAAGGAAAGAUGAUAACUAGGGAGGAGGAGAGGAUUAUGAGAGAUGUGGAGGACAAGCAGGUGAUAGCUGAGAUCAUCAUGGAUGACAGGAAGAGAUCUGUGAAGGAGCGCACGCUGGACCUCAAUGAAGAAAUCGACAUGGAGAGCGAGGAAGGAGAAGUCGGCAACGACAAGGACGAGGAGGAGGAGGAUGAUGGAGGUAGCACCACCGACGUUGCCGGGAGCCGGAGCUCCAGCAACAACAGCAGCACCAACCAUGCUUCGGAGACCCAAAAGGGUACCGGGGGCGGCGAGCAUAGGGUGCGGCAGUACAACCGAUCGAAGCUGCCUAGGCUCCGGUGGACGCCUGAUCUUCACAUGGCCUUCAUACGCGCUGUCGAGAGGCUUGGUGGUCAAGAGAGAGCUACGCCUAAGCUGGUGCUUCAGAUGAUGAACGUUAGGGGGCUCAGUAUUGCUCAUGUGAAAAGCCAUCUGCAGAUGUACCGAAGCAAGAAGCUAGACCACGAGGGUCAACGGAUCAGGGGAGCAAUCUCCUCAGUAUUUUCACCUAUGGAUUUCCACUCAAUGAGAGGUGAUCGACGCUUUCAUGACAUGCUCCUCCAAAGAGCUGCCGCCCUCUCCUCGACGGCGGAGCGCGGCGGCUUCUUCGUGUCGCGGAAUGGCGGCGGCGGCGGGAACACUACUAGCCGCCUCUAUGGGAUUCUCCAACACCAACACAGGCCAUCUCCGAUGCAAUCUGGCUUCAAGAACUGCAGUUUCAGGAAUCAAGAGUGGGCGUUCGACCAGCGUGGCAUGAUGGCCAGGAAUGAUGUGAAGGCCCCCUCGACCACGCCGCACUUCUUCGCGUCCUCGUCGGUAAGGAGGUGGCCAUUAACCUCCGCAGUUGCCGGAGCCGGUGAGCAAAUGCGAGAUGAGAGCUUCGGUUACUUUACCGGCCAUGGCUCUGGGCCGCUCUCGAGGCCAAUGGCACCGGCGACGUCGGUCGUGCCAGGAGGAGGUAACCAUCGUCUCCCGUUUAGAUGGCACGGCGGCGAUGGCGGCAAGGGCGCUAAGGCCACAUCGUCAGAUCCCGUGAUGAUCGUCGAAGCCCUAGAUUCCCAGCAACAGAAGCAUCUUGAACAGCAGAGGGCUCUGAUUACACCAGCCGACAAGAUGCGGCUUCCGGCAGAGACGCCGGAGUUGGAGCUCAGUUUGUCUCCAGCCACGGCAACCGAGACCACAGAUGGGACACCGAGCAAGAAGAGGAAGAAGAGCACUCCUGCAUCGAGGGAGAAAGAGCUGGAACAUGCCAAUAAGCUGUCGAUCUCGCUCUCGCUCUUGCCACCUGCAGCUUCCAUGCCCAUGCAGCGGCAGGAAAAGACAAGAAGGGGCAGCGUGGAGGCCGCUCUGGGGCAGAGUACUUUGGAUCUGACCAUGUCGAUCAGGGCAUUGGAGUGAGAUCUUUAAGUACUUUGUGUCCAGGGUUGUCCAAAAAUUGCACACUGAUCCAUGCGAUCAGUCAAGAUUGUUAAAUUAACCUUUGCCCUCUACCA